AUGAUUUCAAACGUCGCAGUCGUGCUGAAAUUUUUGCUUAUUUUUUUCACGAUAACGCAAAUUCAAUCUGAUAAUCUAGUAGAAGGGCCAAACGCUGAGAACCAGUGUGGUGUAUCUUUAAGUGCUAGUGGACUAAUCUACAAUGGAAAAGUGGUGAAAAGAAAUCAGUGGCCGUUCUUGGUGGCAUUGAUGUAUACUGCCGAUGGGAAGUUUUUCUGUAGUGGAACUCUCAUUUCACGCAGUCAUGUCCUAACAGCUGCACAUUGCCUUCAAGAAAAGGGUCAGGAAGCACCUUUAACACCAUCAGAAUUCGUUUUGCAUCUCGGAAAAUAUAAUUUGAGUCUUGUCUAUGAUCGCGGCUCAAUCACAGCUUUUCCUGAAAAGAUAAAAAUUCAUCCUAAUUGGAAUAUUUAUCAAGUGAAAUAUGAUUCAGACAUUGCAUUAAUUAAAAUUGAUGGAACUGUCCCUUUAAGAUCGAAUAUUUAUCCUGCUUGCUUAUGGAGCUCUGCAAUAGGAAUGAGAAAUAUUCAAACUGGAACUGUUGUCGGAUGGGGAGUCAUCGAAGAUCAGUUGACAACCCAAAAUCAAUUAAUUCCAAGACAAAUCGAUCUGAAGGUUGUUACAAAUGAAGUUUGUUAUGAAAACAAAUUUAUGGCAGGUUUAAUUUCAAGUCGCACAUUUUGUGCUAUCGGUGAAAAUGGAAGUGGACCGUGUAAAGGUGACAGUGGUGGUGGUUUGUAUAUGAAGGCCAACAUUAAAUGGUUUAUUAAAGGAAUCGUUUCUUCUUCACUCCUCACGGAUGAAGGAAUGUGUGACGUUGAAAAAUAUUCGAUCUUCACUGAUGUUGCGAAAUUUUCAAACUGGAUAGCUAAGGAAAUGGACAUUGAAACUGAUAUAACAUGCAAGUUUAUUUUAGAUGACGGUACAGAUCAGUAUAAAAACGGAUAUCACUGCUGGCCAGAAAAGCUCGUCAUUCACCAGCCUAAUGUUAAAGUCUCAAAUAUAAUUGGAGUUCAUUUAGGACAGCGCAACAAUAACGACGUCAAAUAUUUUUCUGUGGAACACCAAGAGACAUCAUAUUUGCCACAUGGAGUUCCGGAACUCUUUCCAAACGUGAGAAGAUAUUCAGGAUACCACACAAAAUUAAAGCACAUUCAAAGAAGUGAUUUCAGCGGUUUUCAAUUCUUGACAAUCAUUGUGAUGGCUGAAAACGAACUUGUUAAUAUUCCAGCAGACACCUUUUAUGAUGUACCAGGUUUAGAAUAUUUAAGUCUUCGUGGAAAUCAAAUUGCCUCAUUUGACGUCGAUUUGUUCAUCAAAAGUCCCAACUUAAAAACAUUUUAUGCUUUCAGAAAUCAAAUUGAAUAUCUCGAUGGUCGACUAUUUAGGAAAAACUUCAAUUUGGAGGAAAUUCACAUGGAUUAUAACAAAUUUAAGUACAUCGAUUUGGAUUUGUUUACACCUUUGAAGAAGUUGAAAUUAGUCAACUUUCGACACAACACUUGCAUUUCGGAACAUUUUCCUGAAACGAAAGAUUUCGAAAGCUUCAAAGCAAUAAUUGCGACAAGUUGUAGCAUCUAA